AUGACAAACAUGGAGACAACAAUACGAGCUGGGUCCAAGAUCCUAGUCUGGGUGGCCUGUCUGCUCCUGGCAUUUUCUACCACGGUCACUGUGUCUGCUGGGCUCUUCCACAGAGCCAUAUCCCAGAGUGGGGUUAUCCCCACCAAGGUGAUGACAGUUUUGAACGCAUGGCCUGAAGCUCAGGACUUUGCCAAUUCCGUGGACUGUGGCUCCGGAUCCCCAGCUGAGCUGGUUCAGUGUUUGCUGCAGAAGGAAGGGAGGGACCUUAUCACGAAGAAAAACAUGAACAUUUCCUACAUAGUCAAUGACUCCUUCUUCCCACAAAGGCCAGAGAAGCUCCUAGCAGACCAACAAUUCCCCACUGUGCCCUAUAUGCUGGGAGUCACCAACCAUGAGUUUGGCUGGCUCAUACCCAGGUUCUGGAAUAUCCUGGAUAAGUUGAAACACUGGAGCCGGGAAGACCUGCUGAAGAUUUCAAGGCGCUUCUUGGCCCGUAUGCAGUCUCAGGAUACCUUGCCAUCCAUCUCCAGUCUGGACCAUUCUUAUAAUGAAGAUUUAUGUCAUUACAGACUUGUGCUGCCAGAUGGCCUGAUUGAACUGUGGGCACCUAACAUGAAUAUUGCCUUCUCUGUAGAUGCUGGGUGCCCUGUUUUCUUGUAUGAGUUCCAGCACACACCCAGUUCUUUUGCGAAGUUCAAGCCAGCCUGGGUAAAGGCUGACCAUGCAUCUGAGAAUUCCUUUGUUUUUGGAGGUCCUUUCCUCACUGACGAGAGCUCCCUCCUGGCCUUCCCAGAGGCCACAGAGGAAGAGAAGCAGCUGAGCCUGACCAUGAUGGCCCAAUGGAGCCAGUUUGCACACACAGGGAAUCCCAAUGGCAAGAAUCUGCCUCCUUGGCCCCAAUUAAACCACUUAGAACAAUACUUGCAGAUUGGUCUAGAACCACGGACUGGGGUGAAGCUAAAGAAGGAUCGGCUACAGUUCUGGACAGAGACACUGCCCAGAAAAAUUCAAGAAUGGAACCGAGAGCAGAGGAGCAGGAAAGUUCCAGAGGAGCUCUGAGGCCAGACCUACCUGGACCUUCCUUACUGGGCCAACCCA